CAAAGAGAAGUAACUUGCUCUGACAGAAGCCAGAAUCUCAGACACUUCACUCUGAGUUGAACGGCUCAGCAUUUUACAUUGUGCCAGGCUGCGGGCACCUGCAAAAUGCCUCCUGACUUGACCCAUCGCAGGUAGAACCACUCCCUGGAGUGGCCUCAUAGUUGCCGCCCGUGGGGCAUUUGCAGUAAAGGGGGCUUGGCUUAGCCCAGCUCUGGGCUUCCCUGUGCCGGUGGGAGCUUCGUGUGAGAUUCCCCCUCCUUCUGCCCGCUUCCUACUCUUUACUCCUCGUGCAAAAGGGUUGUUCAAGGAGACUCCAGGAUUGGGGUCUGCCUCGUCACUGUCACCAGGAGUCUUUUUUUCUGACUGACUUGCCAGAGCUCCCCAUCAGCCCUCGCCGCGCCUCUGGAAGCAAAGGGAAGGCAGCUGUGGGAUCCUGGCUGAACAGAGUCCAGUCUUUUAGCCCCCUGCUUCCUGCUCCUGCACCAUGAAAAUCCUGCUUUGUGACCUCCUGCUGCUCAGCCUCUUCUCCAGCGUGUCCAGCAGCUGCCAGAAGGACUGUCUGACCUGCAGAGAGAAGCUCCGCCCAGCUCUUGACAGCUUCAGCCUUGAGGUGUGCAUCCUUGAGUGUGAAGGGAAGGUCUUCAGCAGCCCUCUCUGGACUCCAUGCACCAAGGUCAUGGCCAGGGGCUCCUGGCAGCUCAGCCCUGCUGACCCAGAGCACGUGGCAGCUGCCCUUUACCAGCCAAGCGCCUCCUCCGAGAUACAACUGAAGCGAAUGCCUCGCAUCAGGAGCCUAAUCCAAGCCCAGAAAGGGACAGAGCCUGGCAUGGAUGAGACUGGAGAAAUGGAGCAGAAGCAGCUGCAAAAGAGGUUUGGGGGCUUCACCGGGGCCCGGAAGUCGGCCCGGAAGUUGGCCAACCAGAAGCGGUUCAGUGAGUUCAUGAGGCAGUACCUGGUCCUGAGCUUGCAGUCCAGCCAGCGCCGGCGCACUCUGCAUCAGAAUGGUGUCCGGGUGAUCCCCAAAACAGCAUGUCUCCAGCCCCAGACCUGCCGGCUGGGAAUCGGGAUUCCUUCUUCCCCAAGACACUGAGGCAAGCUUUGCCUCCAGGUCUCCACCCCAGGGUGGAGACCCUCCCAGUCUGUCUUUCCCUCCCCACUACCCCACCCCGCCCCCAUGGCAUGUUUCAUGAUAAUCUUGUUGCUGCAUCAGAGUGUAUUUUUGUAAUUCCUCCAGCUAACAUAUUGACAGCCUCAUCUUUCCUUCUCACUUCCCUCUUUCCUCUUCCAGGGGUGGGUCAAAGGAACAGGAAAUCAAACCCGGGGUUUUGACUUGUCACUGCCAUAACUUGUUUGUAAAAGAGCUGUUCUUUCUGGCUGAUUGUUUUAAACAGAUAUUUCUCCAUUAAACUUCUACUCAGCAAACGGUUAA